CAACAUCGCAAGAUGACAAUGACGAAUUGCCUCCUCGUGCUGGCGAUCGUGGGCCUCGUGUUUGUCUCCUUCCCAGGCCUCUCGCGCGGCGACGGCGGCGCUCACCGCGGCCGCGAACUAGCGGGCGGCUGCAAGCCGAGCGGCACGCUCAGGCCGACCAGGAGCCACUCGUGCGAGGACUGCUGCAGCGCUCGCCAGUCCUACCCGACGUACACCUGCUCGCCGGCGAUCACCGGGAGCAACAACGCGGUGAUGACGCUGAACAACUUCGACGCCGACGGUGAGGGCGGAUCAGAUCCGUCGGAGUGCGACGGUAUGUACCACAGCAACACGGAGCUCGUGGUGGCGCUGUCGACGGGGUGGUACGCGAACAACAGGCGCUGCAACAAGAACAUCCGGAUCAACGCCAACGGCAGGUCCGUGCUCGCCAAGGUCGUCGACGAGUGCGACUCCCUGCACGGCUGCGACAAGGAGCACGGCUACCAGCCGCCGUGCCGCCCCAACGUCGUCGACGCGUCCCAGGCUGUGUGGGACGCGCUCGGCAUCACCGGCGAAGAGGUCGGCGAGUACAAUAUCACUUGGUCGGAUGCAUGAGAUCGACCGGUCCGUGGACAUCCUGUCAUU